GUUUUUUCAUCCGAAUUUUCAUCUUAAGCUGAUUAAUUUAAUUCCCUUAAUUUAAUUGACCACAAAGGAAAAGAAUUAAAAAGAAACUAAUAUCCCGCCAGAAGAAAAGAAAAGCUUCUUUUCAGAGAAAAAGAGAAAAGUGAAAUUUUUGUUUUCUUUUUGUUUCAAGUUUUCUAUUUUUCUUUUUUGGUGAUUUUUUUAUUAAUUCUAAUCAUGGAUUCUGAUAUUGAUCGAUUUCUAAGUGAUAACCAAUUCUUUCAGGACAGAAUAUCACCAACUAGUUCAUCUAAGAUCUUCGCUGUUCAGGUCAAUUUUGAUUUCGGACAAGGUCACAUUUACCAAACAUUGAACAAUCAACUAAUUGUUGAGCCUAUUAAGGCAUUGAAAACAAUACAAUUUAAACUAUGUAAUGGAUUAAGAAACCUUAAAAAAAUAUCACUCGACUCUUUUUCCCUUCUAAUCUUUGUGCCAGUAGAUUUACCCAACAUUGAAAGUGCUGUAAUUGAUAGUAAUAGAGAUUUAUAUUUGAAAUCUGGUCCUAAGAUUAACCGGUUAACCAAGAUGAAAGAUUUUCAAAUAAUCUCAAUGUCAGACAUCAAUAGCUUCAAAUUGGCUUCUCUAUAUCGUUGUAAAUGUUUAAAGUCAAGAUUUUACAAUUACCUAAUUGAUGGCCCACCAAGGAAAGUGGUCAAAUGUGAUUGUCAUAAUACAAUGGAAGAGACAAUUAAGGAGAGAGUUGUUGUUCAGAGAAAAUCAGUUCUCCUGAGAAAAACCGAUAAUUAUAACCCAAGAUUGUCACCAAUAUUGAUUCACUUUAUGUCAACAGGUGAUGAGAAUUAUGAAAAACUAAGACUAGGAACUCAUUUAUCACAAAUCGUUGGUCUCUCAUGUUCCUAUGAAGAUAAACCUGGUUCUUGGGUUAGAGGUUUAGAAGUGCUUAAUUACCAGAUGAGCUUAGAUAUUCAAUCUGCUAGUCAUGAUCUUAAUUGUUUUCUAAUCCCAGAAAAUAUAGAAACAAUUGUUGAAUCUUUCAGAGAAAUCUCUCCAUUUUCUUUGGCCUUAAAACUUUGUGAUCUAUUCGCUGGUGAAUUAGUCGGCGAAGGAAAUUUUCGCCUAAAAAUGGGACCUUUAAUCGCGAUUUUAAAUCAACAUGGAACCGAAUGCCAAGAGAAGUCAUUUCUAGCGGUUGGAAGCGACGCUGGUACAAUUCGCAAUCUCUUACAAUACUCAGCUAAAUUUGUCCAAAGAGUAGCAUCUUAUUCAUCAACCAUUCCAAUAUCCGCUAUACCAAGAAAACGAGACACAUGGAUCGAUUCGGGUUUCCUACAAUUGGUAUCCGAUGGAGUUGGAAUCAUUAGUCUUGACAAGGUUUCAGUUCGAGAUGAGAGUCAACUGAUCAGCGUGUUAACCCAAAAUCUUGUGAAAAUCAAAAUUACCGAUGAAAAAUUUGACUCUGUAAGAGACAUGGAAACUAACAUAGCAAUUUGGGCCUAUGAGACUGAAGAUAAUAUUGAGAGACGAGUAAAAACCAAAUCAUCAUCCCUUAUAACGACAUUUGCUCUAGUCUAUGAAUCAGAAUCUAAUACAUUUGCACCGAAAAGUUCUGAAAUCACUCAAGAAGAUUGGAAAAUCUUUUUCAAUUCACUAUCAUCAUACAAACCCAAGUUAUCAACUGAAGCAGAGGAAUUUCUACAAAAUUACUUCCUCGCUGUUAGACAGGAUAGAGAAUGGAGAGCAGACAUGCAAUCAUUUCCUCUUCUUUUAUCGGUUGCAACCGUUUUUGCGAAACUUUCAUGUAGAAAUCAUGUACUUACAUGUGAUGCGGUUCUUGCAAUCAUCAUUUUUGAGAAAAGUCUUAACACCAAAUUUGGCAGCGGUGGAUUGAGUCUCUCCAAUCUAACUAAAGACAAAAAUAGACUUAUUGGUCCAGGGGUAAGUGAAAUUGAACAAAAUCAAUCAACUAUUUUUGGUCAAACUAAUUUGGCUUCGCAAUUAAAUCACUUUUUUUUCAGGCUGCUGAAAUCUUGGAACGAUGUAGGAAAAAUAUUGUCGAUUACAUUGAAAACUGUGGUGUUGGUAUCGUUAACAAUGUUUCGGAAGAGUAAUCAUUUGAUGAGAGCGAAAACAAAGUCAAUCAAUCGUAAAGAAGGAGGAAAUGUUUAUAUUUAAAUUAAAUUGUCAAUCAAUUUAUUUUGGACAAUAUCAAGUGAUCAUAUCAAUUUUGAUUAUCAAUUUACAUUUUCCAUUAACCAAAAUCAUUUUUCUCUACUAAUCAAUUUUUUUCUUCAAUCUUCUUU